AUGGAGAUAGAAAUACUACCUUUUUUUCAUGCAUAUGUUAAAGGUAGGAGGAAGAGGUUACGCUUAAAAGAAUCCAGAAUCAACAGGAAAAUUGGCUGGAAAAUCAAGAGGAGAUUUCUCAGAAGGCAAUCAGAUUUUUCUCAAAGACAAUUCACAAAGGAUGCAGAUCCAACAGAUUUUGAAAUAUUGGAUCAUGUUCCUCAGAUGAUUUAUGGGGACCAAAAUACUUGUUUGGGAGAGAUCCCAUCAGAAGAGGAAGUUAAAAGUGUGGUUUUUAGCCUUAAUGGGGAAAGUGCUGUAGGACCAGAUGGUUUCACUGGGAUUUUCUAUCAGUCUUGCUGGGAGAUUAUCAAAGAAGACAUCUGCAACAUGGUCAUAGCAUUCUUUUGUGGAGCUGAGUUACCUAGAUUCAUUACUCAUACUAACUUGGUCUUAUUACCUAAAAAAGAUUUGGUCAAUAAUUUUUCAGAUAUGAGACCAAUUAGUUUGAGUAACUUUAAUAACAAAAUCUUUUCGAGGCUAAUUCAUGAAAGAUUGAUAGGGAGUUUGACUGAUAUAGUUUCUCUUAAUCAGUCUGGUUUUGUAAAAGGGAGAAGCAUAGUGGAGAAUGUUCUCCUUACUCAAGAGAUUGUAUCAGACAUCAGGAUUAGAACUAAAUCUGCUAAUGUUGUCAUGAAAUUGGAUAUAGCAAAGGCUUAUGAUUGGGUUUCAUGGAUUUUUCUAAUGAAGUCUUCUAGGGGAAUUAAGCAAGAAGACCCUCUAUCUCCUACUUUGUUUAUUCUGACUGCAGAAGUUCUAUCAAGGAAUAUCAAUGCCUUAAGCUUAAGCUCUCAAUUUAAAUGCUAUGGAAUGCCUAAGUGGAGCCCUAUGGUGAAUCAUUUAUCAUAUGCUGAUGAUAUGAUAAUUUUUUCAUCAGCAGAUGUGUUCUCUUUGCAUCUUAUCAUGGAAACAUUGAAGAAAUAUGAGAACAUAUUAGGACAGAAGAUUAACACGGACAAAAGUGUUGUAUACAUGCAUAAAAAUGUGCCUGGGGAUGUGAGCAUUACUGUUGAAAUUGUCACAGGUAUUGUGAGGAAGGAUUUCCCUUUCAUCUAUUUGGGAUGCCCUAUUUAUCAUAGUAGGAGAAGAAAGGAUUUUUUCACUCAGAUUCUUAUGAAGAUUAUGAAUAGGCUACAAAGAUGGAAAGGGAAACUUUUGUCCUUUGGAGGAAGAGCUAUUUUGAUUAAACAUGUCUUGCAGAGUUUGCCAAUUCAUCUAUUAUCUGCAGUUAACCCUCCUAUAGAUGUUAUCAGGCAAAUGCAUAAAUUGUUUGCCCAAUUUUUCUGGAGUAACACAAUAAGGGGUAAAAGCAGACAUUGGGCUUCUUGGAACCUUUUGUGUCUACCUAUAAUGGAAGGAAGGAUGGGUUUCAGAUCACUACAUGAUGUUUCUAUUGCCUUGUUUUAUGUAGUGGAGAAUGGAAAUUGGAACAUGACAAAGUUGAAUAGUUUACUCCCUCAGGACAUAGUUCAACAUAUAGCUGAUACUAUCAGACCCCAAGGAUGGACAGAGCAUGGUGGAUUUUGGACACUAAAGGAGAGUUUACAGUCAAAUCAGCUUGGGUUGUCUGUAGAAGGAUUAACUUUACAGCAGAGAAUUAUGAAAUGGUGGACUGCAUCAGUUAAAGGAAGAGGGAAAUUUAUUUAUCAAGCUGUUCCAGCUAUCAUCUUGUGGGAACUAUGGAAAAGGAGGAACACAAUAAAACAUGGAGGGAAAAGAUCAACUGGAAAAGUCAUUUAUUUAGUCUAUGUCACUAUACAGAGACUAGUAAUGACAAGGAAUCGUUCUAUCAGUCAACUACCUCACAAAUGGCCAGACUCGAUUCAGAUGCUAGAGGUAGGGUGUGGAAGACUGAAAGUUACAAAAGUGAGGUGGCAAUUUCCUCCAACAGGGUGGUUUUUAUGUAAUACAGAUGGGGCCUCAAGGGAGAACCCUGGUAGGAGUGCCUAUGGAUUUUGUUUGAGAAAUAAUGAAGGGGAUCUGAGAUAUGCUUAUGCUAUAGAGAUUGGAAUAACUACUAAUAUUGAUGCUAAGGUUAUGGCAAUUCUGCAGGCCAUGAGAUAUUGCAAAAAUGAGAAUCUGGACAAUAUUGUAGUCCAAACUGAUUGUGAAAUAGUGUACAAGAUUCUACAGGAAGGGUGGAAACCUCCUUGGGGGAUUGCAAGUUGGAUAAAGGAGAUUUUGGAGCUAAAAGUUAAUAGGACUAUUCUAUUUAGUCAUAUCUUGAGAGAAGGAAACAAGCUUGCAGAUGCUAUAGCUAAUCAGGCACUAGAUGAAGCUAAUGUUGAAUGUCAUGGCUUCCAGGACCUAAGUUCAACAUGUAGAAAGGUCUUCAACAGUGACAAAACUCAGAUUCCAUAUCUGAGAGUGAAGAUACAGAGAUAG